UUGAGCUCCAGCUGUAGCAUCUUCUUUCUACUGCACAGUCAAGAAUUCUUCUGACCAAUAUACGACUCGUAAACCUUUCGUAAAGACUACUCAUUCAUCUUCGUCUUGCGCGAUCUUUGUUCUUUCAACUUUAAUCAAUCGGGAUGUAAGGGAAUGAAAGAUCUAGAUUUAAGUCGAAAAUUAGGUUUUCUCGCAAUCAAAUAGCAAAAUGAGUGUUUCUCUCACUGUAAUGACCUUCAAUCUUCUUGAAGAUCAGCCUGACGAUAGUUCAAAUUGUUGGGAAAAGAGGAAAGAUUUGUGUGUUAGUGUUAUCACUAGUUACUCUCCAAUCAUCCUCUGCACUCAACAAGGUGUGAAGUCUCAAUUGGAGUAUCUUCAACAAUGCUUGCCAGGGUAUGAGCAAUUUGGGAUUUCAAGAAAAGGAUCCGAAGAUGUUUCAGAUCAGUAUUGCACCAUUUUUUAUGAUAAGGAAAAGGUGGAGUUAUUAGAAGGAGGAACAUUUUGGUUAUCAGAAUCCCCUUCUGUUCCUGGAAGCAUGUCAUGGGGGAGUGAAUCUCCUUGCAUCGCCACAUGGGCAACGUUUCAAAUGAAAGGAGUAGAGCCACCUGGGUUUUCAUUCCAAAUAGUGAAUACAAACAUGGACGAAUUUAGCCCUCGUGCUCGUAGGCGAAGUGCAUUGCUGACGUGGCAGCAUAUUGCUUCAUUACCUCCUAGCUUGCCAGUUGUAUAUUGUGGAGGUUUUAAUACACAAAAAGAGUCCACCACAGGACGCUUUCUUUUGGGGAGAUCAAGAGAACAUGGUGUGGUAGGUGAUAUGAGAGAUGCAUGGCCUAACGCCCGAUUGAGGAAAAAUGUGUCUCUUAUACGUACGUUUCAUGGUUUUAAAGGCAACAAACAAGGAGCUGUUGAGUUCUUUAAGUUGAUUUUUCGUGCACUUUGCUUGUGUUGGGAUCGACAAACUCAAGAUUUGCAUGUAGAUUGGAUCCUGUUUAGGGGAAGAUCAUUGGUGCCUGUUUCAUGUGAAGUGGUGAAUGAUAAUAUUGAUGGUCAAUACCCGUCUUCUCAUUAUCCAAUCUUUGCUGAAUUCAUGCUUCCAAGAACAGUUAGACUCCUUGAUCCGCCACCUGUCCAAGAUGAUGCAACUUCUCCAGUUUCUUGAUUUUUUUUGUUUGUUUAUAUUUCAAGUUAUUUGCUUGAUUGCUUGGUGUUUCUUUCUUGAUACCAAAUGUUAUUGUAAUUCUUGGAAAUUUUGUGGGAUUUGAUUGAAAUUUGUGACUCCAUUUUUA